AUGACUGCAAGUGCACAGUUCCAAUGGAGUAAGGUGCAAAUACAGGUCGAUCCUCAGGGACAAGGAGUUCGUAGUGUUUAUCAGAUUGUGGAGAAGAAUAUCAAGGUCUUGCUGGGGGAUGGGAGAAACACGUCUCUUUACUAUGACAUAUGGUGUACAGAUGUUAGCAUUGCUGAAAUUCUUAAUGAUCAGACUUUGGAUACUGCUGUACGAGUGAGUGAUGUUAUGAUUGAAGGGAUAUGGGUUAUUCCUGAUGCUCAUUUACAAAGAAUGAUUGAUGCUGGACUGGAGAUUGAUAAUCUGCCAAGGCCAUUAAGAGGAGAAGAUCUUUGGGUUUGGAUGCCUGAAUUCUCUGGAGAAUUCAGCGUCAGAUCAGCUGUCUCCCUUAUCCGUAAAAAAUACCCAAAUAUGGAUGGUGCGUCUCUUAUUUGGAGGAAGGAAAUUCACCCUGUAUUGGCUGCUCAUAAUUGGAAAUUCAUGUGUGGUGCAUGCGCAACUUCUGAUCUCAUCAAGGGAAGAUUUAAAAUUCAGUUGGCUAAAAAAUGUUGCCUCUGUGAUACUGACGAGGAAACUCUUGAUCAUGUAUUGUUUAAUUGUAGUUUUGCAGCUCGUGCAAGGAACUGGAUCUCUGGAGUUUUUGGGAUAAAUGCAAACAGUAACCUGAUAAUUUCUUACAAAGCAGCAAAGGGGAGUCCUAUGGUUCGCGAUUUAUGGCUGCUGGCGAAACUUGUCCUCAAAUCUGAGUUGUGGGCAGUGCGGAAUAAGAGAUUUUUUGAGCAAAAGAAGCCUAACUGGAGUAUUUUCUACAAGCGGGUUCUUAAGAUAAUUCAAGACUAUUCAGUUAGACUUCAUGGCCACAUGAACAAUAGUGAUGAAGACGUUGUCAUACUUGAUUAUUUUAGAGUUCGGCAUAGAAGUAUUAAACAACUCCAUCCGAUAGAGUGUUUCUGGCAACCUCCGAAUGAAGAUGAGAUCCUCCUAUGUUGUGAUGGCGCGCAAGAGCUGUAUGGAGUUAUUAUUGGUCUUGAAUGGGCUACUAGAUGGGGUAUAAGAAAAGCAUGUAUUCGUUCUGAUUCCUACAGUGUGGUUGAAGCUUUGAGAAACUCUAAUUUACCUUGGUUUGCAAGGCAAAUAUGGCUAGCAAUUGUUGGAAAUUAUGAGGCUGUUAGGUUUGUUCAUACCUACAGGGAGGCGAAUUUUGUAGCAGACAACAUGGCUAAAAAGGGUUGUCUUCUUGAUAAUGGUGUAGGAAUUCACUAUGAAGGAAGGCCUAUUUUUUAA